AUGGACAAAAGAAAUGGGGUCGGGGUCGGAGUCGGAGUUGGAGUUGGAGUCGCAGUCGGAGUUGGAGUCGGAGUUGAUUUCGGUUUCGGUUUCGGUUUCAGCAAAGUUGAUGUGUUCUUGAGUUUUAGAGGUGAGGACACUCGAAAAAACUUCAUGGGUCACUUGAGAGCUUCUCUGUCGGCCAAAGGAAUAAAAAGCUUCAUAGACGAUGAUCAAAUUGAAAGAGGUCGAUACAUAUCUACACAACUAAUCCAAGCCAUAGAAGAUUCAAGGUGUUCGAUCGUGAUUUUCUCGCCAAACUAUGCUUCGUCCACAUGGUGUUUAGAUGAACUCGUCAAAAUCAUGGACUGUAUGAAAACAAGAGGUCAAAUCGUGAUACCCAUAUUCUACAACGUCGAUCCAUCGGAAAUACGCAAACAGACGGGAAGUUUCGGCGAGUCACUUUCUGUACACGAACAGAAUCUUAAGGAUGAGGAGAUGGAAAGGAUUGAUCGGUGGAGGACUGCGUUGAAGGAAGUUACUGCUCUUGCUGGUUUGGAUAUACAAAACUACAGGUACAUAUAUAUAUAUAUAUAUAUAUACUUCAUUAAUGAAUUUGUUUUCCUUUGAAAUUUUAUUAAGAUAAUUUAGGUUAGUUUUAGGAUGAUUAUUAUUUAUUUUGGGAACCACC